AUGCAGCUAUCUACCUUCUUCGUCACCUUCCUGGCUACCGCCGUCCUCGCCAACCCGGCCAAACGUGGAUACGGAGAUAGUGCUCUCUACGACCCUUGCACCGGUCUCUAUUCCUCUGCUCAAUGCUGUGCUACCGAUGUUCUCGGUGUAGCAGAUCUCGACUGCAGUACCCCGAGCGCAGUUCCCAUCAGCGCGCUGGAAUUUAAAGGAAUCUGCGCUGUCGGUGGACAGCGAGCCCGCUGCUGCACCGUACCUAUCCUUGGUCAAGCUCUCCUUUGCCAGACCCCUAUUGGAGUUUAA